UACGUGUCUUCUAAUAACCCAAAUAUUGAAAUCCGCCUCUCCUCUAUAUAACACCACCCCUUUUCCAUCCUCUAUUCCAUAUCAUUCAUUCAUUCACUCACUCACUAAAUACACACACUAAAUAUUCUAAUUAAAAUGGCAAAACACACAGCAGCAGUUUUGAUCCUCCUCCCUUUGUUGGUAAUGGCAGUAUUCACCACCCAGCCCGCCGCCGCCAUCGGAGGAAAAGUGGGCGGCCGGACGGAGGUGAAGAACGUGAAAGCGAACAAGGACGUUCAGGAUCUGGGCAGAUACUGCGUCCAAGAGUACAACCGCCAGCUUCAGCAGAAGGCCAACGGCACCAAGCUUCUUGUUUUCUCGCAGGUUGUGGCGGCGGAGACCCAGGUGGUAUCAGGAAUCAAAUACUAUCUCAAGAUCUCCGCCGCCACUCGCGGUGGCGGACCGGCCAAGAAUUUUGAAGCGGUUAUAGUAGUGAAGCCGUGGAUACACUCCAAGGAGUUGGUCAACUUCGCACCUUCCACACCACCCAGAGAUACAAAGUAGAAUCAUUCGCACCCAAAUUUUGUCUCUUGUCUUUCACUCUUUUUUCAAAUUUUGACCUUCUAAUAUUUCUUUUUCUUUCUUUUUUUUUCUUUUCUUUUUUUGUCCUUUUGUGAGACUAAUAAUAAUGGGAUAUGUACUAAUCCUCUACUAAUAAUGGGAUUAAUUUGCCCUCAGAAAUUAUUAUUGUCCUCGCGGUUCGUUUGUUUUACUGCAAUUUUAUGGUGUCGUUUUAAUUUUCAAUAUUUUAC